UUUUCAGUAACACACACUGUGCGAGCAAUGCUGUCAUAUCCGCUGCCCCCCGCGGCGACGUGAGUGUUGUGGGCCUCACCGCGAGCACGUUUUUGUCGCUUGUUUCUGUUGUUGUGUCGUGGUGCGUUCCAACAUUUUCACAGGUUUCAAAAACUGCGACGCCACCUCCGCGGCUGCAGCAUGGCACCCGUAGUGCUGCGCUACGGUUUUAGAAAAGUGGCCGGGAUCGACGAAUAUUUCCGUGCUAGUGCGCUUGAGAAGGGCCGAAAGUUGUGCGCUGCGAAGUACGCUUACGACGUCGAGGAGACCCUGGAACGCUUUGAUGGCGAUUCACAAGUGGUGGCGAAAUGCCACUCGCAAGUGCGUCAAGCUACGUACGACGUCAACAUUCAGCUGUCAUCGCAGCGGCGAAUACUGGGUGCGCAGUGCACGUGCAAGGCCGGCCUUGGUGGCGGUUGCAAACAUGUAGCUGCUGUCGUCCUGUUCGUCAACGAGGCCGACGCGCCGUCUUCGACUGAUCGCCCUCAAGGGUGGGGUCGGCCGUCCUCUAAGCCGGACACUUCUCGAAGGGAGUCCAUCGAAGAGCUUUUUGGAGGUACACUUUGGCACAAAGAAAGGUCGGUAAGGAUAUCAAGCUCCAUCGCACACCGCAUCCUGACUAGGCAAAAGGCCUUCGAGUCCCUGGCCGAGCAGCUGCAGAACUCCAAAACACCACUUGUUCCUGCGCUGAUGUAUGGUUCAACACUGCUACUGACAAGUGAUUUAUGGAAGGAUUUCAGAGCAAAAUCCAUGAUAUCAUUAAUGAGCAUGAGGCUCUCUAAGUAUUGCUACAUUGAACUCGUGCACAUAGCAUCUGCAUUUUUUUUCUACUUUUCUGAAGGUACUGCUAUGGAACCAACAGCAAGGGCAACAUUCGAGAAAAAAAUUGGUGCCAAAGUAACCCAGGUUGGCGUUGUGAUUCACCCCUGUCAGCCAUGGCUUUGUGCAAGUCCCGAUGGCCUUUUCCAAACAACCAGUGGUGUCGUUUUGCUUGAAAUCAAGUGCCCCUACAGUCGUAAAGAUGACAUAAUCAUAGAUCAUGCUCUGUGCGAAAGCUACGUUAGCUAUGUGACAUAUCAUGAUGGAAUGCUUCAGUUGCCUCGCAGCCACCCAUAUUAUUCACAGGUUCAGGUUGCCAUGUAUGUCACUAACACUACAGAAUGUUUCUUUUUUGUUUAUACAAGCAAGCAAGAUAUUACUAUAGUUGUUGACAGAGAUGAAGACUUCCUUGCUCGAAACAUUCCUCGGUUGGAGGCGUUUUAUUAUUCAUACUACAUUAAGCAGCUCCUGCGUUAG